UCUAAUGCGAUUUACUGAUAUAUUGAAAAGCGCGAGUGGAAACGGCCGAGUGGGUGCCUCUUUUCUCUGUUCCCCGAAUUUGAAACGAGCAAGGGGGAACCAUUUGGGGUUCAAUUAAUCAAUUAGGGUUUAAUCCCAUGGCUUCCGAUCAAGAUUCACCCAUGGAACUAACGGAUCCUCCAUCCUCGCCCAAAAAUAAGUACAAGGAUCCAGAUGAUGGCCGCCAGCGGUUCUUGCUUGAGCUCGAAUUUGUUCAGUGCCUUGCUAAUCCGACUUAUAUCCAUUAUUUGGCUCAAAACCGGUAUUUUGAAGAUGAAGCAUUUAUUGGAUAUCUGAAAUAUCUUCAAUAUUGGCAAAGGCCUGAGUACAUAAAGUUUAUUAUGUAUCCUCAUUGUCUCUUCUUUCUUGAGCUUCUCCAAAAUCCAAAUUUCCGGAAUGCAAUGGCACAUCCUGCAAACAAGGAAUUGGCGCAUAGGCAGCAAUUUUACUUUUGGAAGAAUUAUAGAAACAACCGAUUGAAGCACAUACUACCAAAGCCACUUCCUGAACCUGCAAAUGCACCCUCAGCUUCUGUGGCUCCUCCAGCUUUGCCACCUACGACUAUUACAGCUGCUGCCACCACUGCUCCUCCUGUGCCUUCUCCAGCUGCAGCUCAAGCUCCCUCCCCAAUGCCGUAUGGCAUUGGCCCUGGAUCUACUUUCGUAAAGAAUGACCCAAGAAAUAGCGGGAUUGAUAGAAGAAAGAGAAACAGGAAAGACGGGUGAUUCCAACAUCGCCCUGCAACUUCGUAGCGGUCUUAAUACAAUAGUGAGGGCCUUUUCCUAGGUUUUAAUGUAUGUACAAGUUUGAUGAAAGAGCAUUGACAAAACUGUAUUUGGAAUUUUGGACAAAAAGGAAAAAGAAAGAAAACUCUAGUAGUUCUGUAGAUAGCAUUAUGUAAUUUUUUUUUUUCUUUUUUUGCAUUUUAGCUUUUGAUUUUUCUAGUCUCCACUCUCCAUGUCAAGCCUUGAGCAGAAUUUGCUAUCCAGUGGCCGGUAUAUCUUCAUGCUUAUUAGGGGUGGAAUGAAACUUGUUUAGUUGGACGAGAGGAAGUUCUGUCUACUAAUACGUCUAGCUUGUAUGAACCCAUUCAUCAGCUUCUCAAGAGUACUUGUCUUCUGAA